AUUCAUAGACACUAGGAAAAAAAAUAGCUAGAAAACGAUCACGAUGAAAAUCUCAUCAUCAUCAGGAAUUGUAUUAGUUCUUCUAUUAAUUUAUCUUCUCCCUGGGAACGAAGUCGUAGCAUUCCGUCGUCAUGAAUCUAGGGAUGCAGGACAUUUUUGUUAGGGCUGGCUAUUUGGACCGGGACCGGAUGAAAAACCGGAAACCGGACCGUAUAACCCGGACCGAGACCGGACCGAGACCGGAUAGUAAACAAUCCAAUCCAAUCUUUGGGCUUAGAUUUGAGGUAAAAAACCGG